AUGACUUACGUACCAACCCCCGCCAGGCCUAACGAUACCCCUGGCUACCCUACCAAGCCGCCAACAGGAACUCACCCGAGCAACAACAGCAUAAAUUUCGUCGACGAACCCACCCUCGAAGGACUGUCUAUCCAGGGAGCUCGAGGCUCACCAGCCCCAUACCCACCACUGCCACCAGCACAAACGAAUCCGCAGCCGACGCAACAGCAUCAAUACCAACAAUACCAACAGUACCAUCAGCAGCAGCAGCAGUCGCCACCAUCAUCCAUCCCUCAGUACCAGUACCAUGGCCAGCAUCAGCAACAAUACCCAUCAUUGCAGCAACAGCAGCAGCAGUACCAACAAUACCAGCAACAACAGGCAUUCCAGCCUCCUCAGCAGCAGCAAUACUACCAACAACAGCAGCAGCAACAACAUCAACAACAACAGUUUCAGCAGCAGCAGCAGCAGCAGUAUAAUCAAAAGCAGGAGUUUCAUCAAAAGGAAGAAUAUCAGGAGGUUUCAGGUCGCAGGUCGGCUGACAGUGGAGUAACUAGAGCGUCUCUUCCUGUGACGACCACCACCACCACUAUCUCGGCCAACGGCGACCAAACCCACUCGGUAGCAUUCUCAGAUUCUCAACUUCGUCAAGCAAGGCAACAACAGCAACAACAGCAAAACCUUGCACCAUCACCACAGCCACAACAACAGCAGCAACAACAGUGGGAUAGUAACAUGGCCCGGAAGCGCACCUCACAGAUCCCAGCAGCAGCGGCUCCAAACGUCUUGGCUCAAGCCCAACAUCGAGAGGCCGAGGCCGAUGCCAACAUCCAAAAAGCCAUUGAACUGCAUGAGAACAACCAGUUGGAAGAAGCUACCAAGUAUUUCCGUCUUGCUGCUCAGAGCGAAAACCCUGUUGGUCAGCUCAUGUAUGGUCUUUCUCUCCGUCAUGGAUGGGGCUGUCAACCAAACCCAAAGGAUGCUAUUUUCUACCUGCAGCGGGCAGCAGAGUAUGCAAUGGGAGAACUCAAGGAGUUGAGCCCUAGCAGCUCGGCCAACAUUCGUGCGAUCCAGUCUCAUCCCAGUAUGCGUGGAUACGCCGCACGUGCGGAACAACGACAACAGCAACAACAGCCAUUGAAGCGUAUGGGAACCAUUGAAAGAAAGUCGGCCAUGUUGGGGGCGCGCAAGGAGUUGGUCAUGGCGUUGUAUGAGCUUGGGAUGUCGUUUUUGAAGGGCUGGGGUGUUAGCAAGGAUAAGGUUGUUGCCUUUCACUACUUCAAGCUUGCUGCCGACCUGGGUGACCCAGAUUCGCAGAAUGAGACGGCGCUGUGUUUCAUGGAGGGCGUGGGCGUAGAAAAGAACGCCUUCGAGGCCGCAAGGUACUACCGCCUCGCAUCUGACCAAGGAGCCUCUCAACUGGGAAACUCCUGGAUCUGGAAACCUAAAUACGAUCAAUACUGUGAACAACAUGCAGCCGCCACUGCUGCAGAGUCUGCUGCCAGGAAAGCUGCCAUUCAGAAUGGUGGAAGUGCAGCUGUGCCUGUGCCGCCCAUUGUCCCGCCGCCUAUUACUACGGGAGGACUUUCGCCUACCAAUGGAGGAGGGUUCUCGAGCUCGUUGGCUUCGGUCAAGAAGCAUUUGCAUAGGAAGAGCUUUGGAGCUACUCCUACACCACCCUCGGGUGGUGGGCCGGCUACUGCACCCUUGGGUGGACUUGGUGCUGCUUCUUCUGGUACGACUGCAGGUAAUAUGGACAAGGCAGAGCCUUCCAGGAAGGGACGGUACAACUUGGCGGGUGAUCUGAUCUCGUCCAGUCAGUUGGAUCUCCGGAUCAAGCAAGCUGAGCAGUUGACACACGCGACUGUUGGACCUAUUCUCUCCGCUGACGCAAAUGGCAAUGGACAGCAGGGCCACGGGGAUGGGAGGAAGAAGCAUCAUCGGUGGAGUAUCUGGCAUACCGGCAACCGCCAUCAUCGGACUUCUUCUGAUUAG